AUGGCUCCGGCGAAGCAGCCGAAGGAUCGAAGCAAUCGAACCCGUCAAAUCAAACCUCACCACGGCGACACAAGCAAGAGGGCGGCUGUCGAGAAUGACACCGCCGCCGCCGCCUUACCGGUCGAACUACAGCAGAUGAUUCUUGACACCUUCCGCCGGGCAUUUCCAUUCGAUCAUGACCAACGCGACCUCCGAACCACCAUCCAGGAGGUCAAAGGCCACCUCUUCCAACGCGACUUUUCCCGUGCAUUCGCCAAGCCCGAAUAUCUCGAUGCGUAUGCACUCAGGUGGAGCGCCAGCCGUGCACUCGGGUACACGAGCAUUUUCCUACACGGCGACCUGCAGCAGGCAUGGAGCAAACUUGGUGAACCUGAUCGUACAGCGCCAGUCCGGACUGACAUGGUAGCUUCAUCGCCAUCGUUAUCGCCAGUGGCUCGAAGCGCUUGUAGAGUGCUUUGCAUUGGAGGCGGAGGAGGGGCCGAAGUGGCUGCAUGCGCGGCUGCAGCACGGACAAUCCUGCCGUCAUUGGCCACGAUGUCUGUCCACGUUGUCGACAUCGCAGACUGGUCGACAUGUCUGCAAAGUCUCGAGAAUGCACUAUGCACGCCGCCUCAAUUGUCUGCCUAUGCAAGUGAAAGCGCCAGGGCAGCGAAUAAAGCGUUCAUCUCAGCCGACUCGUUUGACGUCCGCUUCUCGCAGCACGAUAUUCUGGGUUUCGACGAGGCAGAGUUGGCACUGAUGCUGCAGGACGUGCAUCUCUGCACCAUCAUGUUCACGCUAAACGAGCUCUUCUCGGCCUCCAUCGCGCGAGCGACAGCGUUCCUCCUGGCGCUUACGGAGUCUAUUUCUCUGGGUGCUUGGCUCCUUGUCGUGGACAGUCCUGGGAGCUAUUCAGAAGUCAAGCUUGGUACUGGUACAGUCAAGGAGUAUCCCAUGAAGUGGCUGCUCGACCAUACCCUGCUGGAUGUGGACAAUAGUAAGUGGAAGAAAGCCGUGAGUGAUGAUUCGAGAUGGUUUCGCUUGACUCAGCAAUCGCUAAAGUAUCCCAUCGAGCUGGAGAACAUGAGGUACCAAGUACAUCUGUAUCAACGAGUCUGA